UUUUUUUUUUUUUUUUUUCGUGCAUCCGAAGUCACAGUUAGGGCACAUUCAGAAUAACUUAGUCAACUAACAUAUCUGAAACACAGAGAAACACUCUUAAAACCGAAUAAAGCGUAUAUCUCCACGGUCAUAUAACAUCUCUAGGUAUGUAUGUCAUAUACAUGUAAUUAUCCUUACAAGCACCUUGCGCUGCCUCUGUUUGGUUUAAUUACAUUUAAAAUGUCAAGAGGAUCACAUCUUUUCAUAAAGUUGCUACAUCCUGUCUAAUUUAGUGGUGGAAUACAUAGACAGUUGUUAAUGUAGUGGGAAACGUUCUUGAAUUUUAAGCAUUCAAAGAUGGCGUUAAUUUAUUUGUGUUAACAGAAAAUGACGCCAGACUCUCUUUUAUUUAUAUGACAAUACAUUAAUGUGUUUUGUUAUUAUGUCGUUUUCUAUUCGUGUUUUUGUGAUUUAAUGGAUGUAUUAUCCAAGAACAAAAGAAAAAAGUAAUGCAAUAUUUACUUAAUGGGAGUCCUAGGGAUAGUCCCUAUGGCACAUCCUCGCAUAUUCAUAAGGUUCUCCAUUAUGAAAUACUUGUUGCUUACCAUCACUAUAGAAAAACUGACUUUCUCAUUACAAAUCUUUUAGGCACGACGUAACAGUUAAAGCGCAUUCAAAGCAAGCUGCAUGCACCAAACAAGAUAAUGCAAGGGUUUUCAUCACCGGCGUUGGUGCUGUUGGCUGCCGUUCUUCUUACGGGAACUAUCAGUUGGAAAUACGUUGCUGCACUUAAUGAUACUACUGAGCCGAAUCCAGAGGUACUAGAGCAACCCUCCGACCUGGAAUUUGUUACCUUUAACACAGGUUUGCGCGUUGAUGACGUUCCCGAGUAUGAAACCCGCAGAGAUGCAUUUCUGGAUGCAGUAACAAAUGGAAGCAUUCCUGGCGAUGUCGUCUGCCUACAAGAAGUUUGGGAAGCAGACGACUUACGCGCCAUCGUUAAUGCCGCCGUGUCGCAGUUUCCUUACUCCCACAGCGCAUUGCACAUUUCGGACGGUGUUCUGUCUAACGCUUCAUCAACCCCUGCCUGCAAAGAGGUGGCUAUUGCUAAUGUGGUACAGUGUCUUAAUAAGUACUGUCUUGGAUCAACUGGACUACAGACCGUCAUGUGUGCUUUAUCGACGUGCAAGAAAGCAUUUGCUUCUCUAUCGCAAGACUGUCUUUCGUGUCUUAACCGCGUUUUUGCGUCGUUCCAUACAGACAACUUGACUGUCGCCGUUGUACAAGCCAGGAUGAAGGUGUGCUUAGUCACUCCUUAUCCGACCACCUUUGGAUUGCUGCUUCUGAGUAAAAAACCUUUGGUUGACCCCGAAGUUGUUAAUUACCACGAAGGAAAUUCUCUGAUACUCCCAAGAGGAUAUAUUAAAGCAAAGAUAGAGGCUUACCAAUUAUUUUGCACUCAGUUAGUCGCACAGUUGCACAGAUAUCUUUACCUUGAAGUUGGACCAUUCACGAACUUCGCAGAACAGAGUCUCUUUGAGAUGGAUUCUUUGUUAAAGGCGUCCAAGUCAAGUUACGUGAAUAGUAUCUUGAUAGGCGACUUUAACUCUAAUCCAGCCAUCCCUAUAUACGGUAUACCAGGUUCUUUAAUAGACACAUACGAUCUUGUAAGUCAGUGGUACUUCUCUCCGUACCUGCUGUACAUUGGGAAAUGCACAUACUGCGCAGGAAAUCCUUUGACUCCACCAUUGGAACCAAACAAAUUGUACGACCAUAUCUUUGUGCCGACAUGUUGGUGGAGUUACGAGAAAAGAAAAGGCGUGAAGAGGGUCUUGGAGUCCCACAUUCCAGGCCAGCAAUUUCCUUUAUCCGACCAUUAUGGGGUGUCUGUCUCAUAUGAGAAAUGGUCAUGGCAGUUGGGAGAAGAAAAAUAACAGUUUUAUUCGUCCACGUUUUCUUUCACCGAAGAUUUUCAAGAUUAUUAAAGGCACACAAUAAGCAUUUGACCUUCACAUAGCAUAGCAAAAAUUUAAUUAUUCCGGAAUUUCCUGUUACCAAAGUAUAUCAUUAACCAAAGAUAGAGACGGUUGAGUUUCAUUCCUAACUAAUUAAAAUAAAUAAAUAAAUAAAUACAGAACGUGGAUGAAUCUAUGGAUCUUUUUUCAAGGGUUUUGGAUAGCGUAUAUCUUGGUGCUGAAGGCGAAACAGUAAACAUUUUGUAACAGAA